UUGGUGAAUUGCCUCUUUUAUUAAUAUAUAGUGUCCUUCUUUGUCUCUUAUAACAUUUUUGCAUUUAAAGUCUAUUUUGUCUGAUAUUAGUCUAGCUACCUCAGCUUUCUCUUGGUUACUGAUUGUGUGGAGUAUCUUUUUCAUACUUUCACUUUCCUUUCCUGUUUUUUAAUUGGAUUGUUUGUCUUUUUGUUGUUGAGUUGUAGGCAGGCCUAACAUUUAAAGGCAUAAUUUAAGGAGAAAUUUGUGAUUUACUUUGCUUGUCAGUCCUGUGCUUUUUACUUUCUUGACCCUUGGUUAUAUUGAAAAUGCUUGCCUUUCAGUUCCAGUUAAUGGGUUUGAUUUUUUUUUUUAAUGUUUGAGAUAGUUACCCAUGAUAACUCCUUUUAUCCCUUCUCCAUUUUUUCAGUGAUAAUAUAUUUGAAAGUAUCUUAUGAACUGUAAAGCUGGCAGUGAUUGCUAUCACUACCACCACUACUAAUGAUAAUAAUAAUAAUAAUGGGAUAGGACUUUUCUUAGAAGGGUUGGUUUUCUGGAUUAAUUUUAGGGAGAAUGACUCAGAAGGCAGUGGGACAUUUGCCACAUGCCUUGUGUACUAAUUGAUACCUUUUAUACUUUUCUUGGAAGGGAGAAGGAAAAGCCGAGACCUGCCACCCUGAAAACUUGGCCUGGUGCUCCGUCAUCGUGAAGGGUUGCCUAUACUACUUUGACCCACUCUGUAUGGUAGCAAGAAAGUUUAACAGAAUUUGCCACAUGUUUGAUCUUAGAGACUUAUAGUAAAUCUAGUGUUAGCCCCUGUCCACCUGGAAAACAACUCUUCCCAGUUGGUUGGUGGAGGCCUGAAUUUUGAUCUAUGCCCUACCUACAUCCAUCUGUCUGAAAGUACUUAAUGAUCACAUGACCCUGGACAUGGAUGCUGUCCUUUCGGAUUUUGUCCGUUCUACAGGAGCAGAACCAGGUCUGGCUCGAGAUCUCCUGGAAGGAAAGAAUUGGGACGUGAGUGCUGCCCUCAGUGAUUUUGAACAGUUACGUCAAGUUCAUGCAGGGAAUCUGCCUCCACCCUUUAGUGAAGGGAGUGGUAGCCCCAGGACCCCUGAGAAAGGGGUUUCUGAUAGAGAAUCCACUCGCCCUCCCCGACCCACCCUACAGCGGCAGGAUGACAUCGUUCAAGAAAAACGCCUGUCUAGAGGCAUCUCCCACGCCAGCUCCAGCAUUGUUUCCCUGGCCCGAUCCCAUGUCUCCUCCAAUGGUGGGGGUGGGGGGAGCAGCGAGCACCCCCUGGAAAUGCCCAUCUGUGCCUUCCAGCUCCCAGAUCUCACUGUGUACAAUGAAGACUUCCGCAGCUUCAUAGAGAGAGACCUCAUUGAACAGUCCAUGCUCGUUGCCUUGGAACAGGCAGGGCGUUUGAACUGGUGGGUGAGUGUGGACCCCACCUGUCAGAGGCUGCUUCCUUUGGCAACUACUGGAGAUGGGAAUUGCCUUUUGCACGCUGCCUCUCUUGGAAUGUGGGGUUUCCAUGAUCGAGACUUGAUGCUGCGGAAAGCUUUGUAUGCACUGAUGGAGAAGGGAGCCGAGAAGGAAGCAUUGAAACGGCGCUGGAGGUGGCAGCAGACACAGCAGAAUAAAGAGUCAGGGUUGGUAUACACAGAGGAUGAAUGGCAAAAGGAAUGGAAUGAGCUGAUCAAGCUUGCCUCAAGUGAACCCCGCAUGCAUCUAGGUACUAAUGGAGCCAACUAUGGUGGGGUGGAAAGUUCAGAGGAGCCUGUAUAUGAGAGCCUAGAGGAGUUCCAUGUCUUUGUCCUUGCUCAUGUGCUUAGGCGGCCUAUCGUCGUCGUGGCGGACACCAUGCUGAGGGACUCCGGAGGGGAAGCAUUUGCUCCUAUUCCAUUUGGAGGAAUCUACCUACCCUUGGAGGUCCCAGCCAGCCAGUGUCACCGCUCCCCUCUGGUGCUUGCCUAUGAUCAGGCUCACUUUUCUGCACUUGUGUCCAUGGAGCCAAAGGAGAAUGCCAAGGAACAAGCUGUGAUCCCACUUACAGAUUCAGAGCAUAAGCUGCUUCCCUUGCACUUUGCUGUGGACCCUGGAAAGGGCUGGGAGUGGGGCAAAGAUGACAGUGACAAUGUCCGAUUGGCCAGCGUAAUUCUGUCCCUAGAGGUCAAACUGCAUCUGCUGCAUAGCUACAUGAAUGUGAAAUGGAUCCCACUGUCAUCUGAUGCACAGGCUCCCCUGGCCCAACCUGAGUCCCCCACAGCCUCAGCUGGAGAUGAGCCCCGGUCCACUCCUGAAUCUGGGGAAUCAGACAAGGAGUCAGUUGGCAGCAGUUCUACCAGUAAUGAGGGCAGCAGGCGGAAGGAGAAGUCAAAGCGAGAUCGGGAGAAGGACAAGAAGAGAGCAGAUUCUGUGGCUAACAAACUGGGCAGCUUUGGCAAAACCUUGGGCAGCAAGCUCAAGAAGAACAUGGGAGGCUUGAUGCACAGCAAGGGUUCUAAGCCUGGAGGGAUGGGAAUGGGGUCAGGGGUGAGCAGUGGCACUGAGACACUGGAGAAGAAGAAGAAAAACUCAAUGAAGAGUUGGAAGGGUGGCAAGGAGGAGGCAGCUGGGGAUGGGCCUGUAUCUGAGAAGCCCACAGCUGAGUCUGUUGGUAAUGGAGGGAGCAAGUAUAGCCAGGAGGUGAUGCAAAGCCUGAGCAUUAUGAGGAUUGCAAUGCAAGGAGAGGGGAAGUUUAUUUUUGUUGGAACUUUGAAGAUGGGUCACCGCCACCAGUAUCAGGAGGAGAUGAUCCAACGCUACCUUUCCGAUGCUGAGGAGAGAUUUCUGGCGGAGCAGAAGCAGAAGGAGGCAGAGAGGAAGAUCAUGAAUGGAGGAGUAGGGAGUGGGCCUCCUCCAGCCAAAAAACCAGAGCCAGAUGGUGGAGAGGAGCUGCCAACUGCCCCUCCAGCAGAAUCCAAGGCAGUGGUGUUCUCUACUGGCUAUCCCGGGGGCUUUACUAUUCCUCGGCCUUCUGGGGGUGGAGUCCACUGCCAGGAACCCCGGAGGCAGUUGGCAGGGGGUCCAUGUUGGGGGGGCCUACCACCAUAUGCCACUUUCCCCAGACAAUGUCCUCCUGGGCGACUCAACCUCCAUCAGGACAAAAUCCCUCCUCUGGAGCCAAGCGGUCACUCCAAGGAUAUUCACAGGGGUGCAUUGUUACCAUCUUCCUUCUGCGUGGCUGAUUCCUAUAGCAAUGGCUACAGAGAGCCCCCUGAGCCAGAUGGAUGGGCUGGAGGUCCCCAGGGACUUCCCCCAACCCAGACCAAAUGCAAACAACCGAACUGCAGCUUCUAUGGACACCCUGAGACAAACAACUUCUGCUCCUGCUGUUACAGGGAAGAACUGAGGAGGAGGGAACGCGAACUGGGUGGGGAGCUCCUGUAGCAGAGGUUCUAAAUGGGUGGAACCUUGGCGGGCAAGGGGGCUAAACAAAGAAAGUUAAGCUCAACUAAUUGGCUCAUCAGGACCCAGACCCCAUGUUGAUGGGGCAAAUGCAGUAAUGUUUUUGGGAGCCUGGCUGAAAACUUAAAGUGUGCGUGCGCUGGAGUGCUGCCAGGCUGGCGAGAGCAGGUCAGGGCUGGACAGUGCCUCAAAAACAGUGCUAUUCCUUCACAAAGCUUGACUUGAAGGGACCCAGGAGGCACAAUGGGAAAGACUGUGGCUCUGUCUCAUAAGCCCUUGGGUCCCAUUUCAGGAUCUAAGAGAAAGAAAUAGGGGAAACUUUGGUGUGUAGGGGUGGGAAGUGGGCAGAAGUCUGGGGGGAGGAUCAAGCAAAGGAGCUUCUCAGUCAAUAAAGGAAAAAAAUAGACCAAAGUUCUUUUAGGUUGGAAAAAAGUGCAUGGUGGUGGAAUUGGGACUAUAAAGGGAAACUGGGAAAUUAGACAAAUUUGCUAUUAAUUUGAAUUAAGGUAGAAAUUAGGGUUGCCUAAAUUCUUCCUCCUGGAGGAUCUAGGAAGUUCAGUAAUGUCUGCUCAUUGGUGCUUAUAAGGAAAGGGGAGUAGUUUAAAUCAGUUUAUUAAGAUGGUAGGGGGAGGAACUUAAAAGGAGAAUCCUUUUCCUUUUAAGUUUUAUUUCCUUCUAAAAAGCAAUCUGUCAUCUGUUCUGGUUUGAGAAGAGAUUGCUGAUUGUCCCCUAUCUUUUCCUCAUCUUUUUUGAGGUCCAAGCUCAGGAAGGUUAUGAUUUUUUAAAAAGAUUUUAAUUUUAUUUUUAAAAAAAGUUCCUUCUGGGGAAGGGAAGAGAGUGAGGAAAAGAGCAGCUGUGUGUGGUGAAUUUUCUCCAGGAGAAUUGGUGCAGAGGUGAUCUUUCUAAAACUACUUAGCAAUAACCAUAUAUUGGGGUUUAAUUGCUCCUUGGGAGGGUAAAGGAAUGACAGACAUUUGGCCAGACUGUUUCAAACAAAACCAAAAAUCUAAAUAGAGCACUACCAUCCUCUGCUGCUGUUUUUCUGUAGAAAGCAAUUUAUUUUAUGGACUUUAUUUUUAAGGGGGAAAAAAAACCCAAAAAGACCCCAACAAGCAAAGACGUUUAAAAAAAAAUCUUUUUUUUUUUUUUUUUCCUAUUUAAGUGAUUGUUUCUCUUUCUUCUCUACUUUCAGAGAGUGAAUUUAACAUCCCGGCUUCUUUUGUUAAGCCAUAGCUGACCUUAAUCUGUGGUUAGUUUAUUAAAAUAAUAAUAAUAAUAAAUACUUUGUAAGAAGAGAUAUUUUUGAUAUUAGGACUGAUGGUGAAACUUGGGGUAGGGGCUAGGGGAAAUUUAUAAAAAGGUAGGUAGAACUAUGUAUUUGAGUGAACUAUAACCACAGAUCACAGAUUACACCCAAUGAGCUAAUCUGUUUUUGGAUUUCUCCCUUUCCUUGACCCAACCCUUUUUUCCAGGGGUGGGAGGGGGAUAUGACACAGUAGGGGGAGCUCCUUUGCAUUUUGCACAAAGCACAAGUCUGGACAGCCUAUGCUCUGGCCAGAGCCUUUUUAAGAGCUUUAAACUGGGUGACCUAUCCUGGGACAAGUUUCCUUUUUCUUUAUAUUUUCUGGAAAAAAAAAAAAUCAACUAUGCAAUUGUAUACACUCCUGAGUGCAGAGAAGGGAAAUAAGUGUACUUAAGUGUCUGAAGUGUUAAUUGGGGUGAUUUUUCUUGGGAUAAUUUUUCUGUAUUUGGAUUUUUCUUUUGAGGUAUAUGCUUAUAAACCAUCCCAUAAAUGUAAUCUCCACAUUUGAUCUAAAGCAGACAUGGGGCUGAGGGUGCAGGUGGGAUGGGGUGUCUUAUUUGCAUAUAUUCCUUUUGCCCAAUCCGGAGAGUUUUCAUCCUCUUUCCCCCUUAGUGACAAAACCAGCCAAGACUGUUGUCUUCAUUGGGACUGAUCAUCAGUUGGAAAGGUUCUUUCUCCUCAACAUAUUUGAAAGUCACUUAUUUUCCAGAUCUGAUAAUCUAUAGAUUAAUCGUUUCCUAUGGCUAUUAAAUCUUAGGCUUUUAUUUGGAAAUAGAUUGGUUUUAAGGAAGCAGCGAGAUCAACGAAGAAGGUAACAAAGGAGGGGAAGUAAUAUAUUUCUGAGCAGGACUGGGUCUAGGGUAAGACAAGCACCAGACUCAAGUGCAAAAUUUAAGGGGGUACAAAAAACUUAGUGGAACUUGGCUAAAUUCUUCCUCCUGGAGGAAUGCUAUUUUAAUGCAGUAUGUUAAAAAAUUAAUGCAAAAGUAUCCAUGAUGAAUAAAAUACCAAAAUUUUAAACAAAGGCAAAAUUGACUGGACCGGGAUUAGGUUUGAGGGAAGUGAGGCCGAAUCAAGUAGGUAUGGAAUUGAAUCCUGUCAAAAUUUAAAAUUGUGAUAUUUUGUUCAUCAUGGAUUUUUUGCAUUAAUUUUUAUUUUUAAGAAAUAUUGCAUUAAAAAACUAUUUAUUUUGGUUACUAAAUUUUUUGGCACUCCUUAAAUUUUGUGCCCAGGGUGAGUGCCUUGCUCAUAUUACCCUACUCCCAGCUCAGUUACUGGAGUUAGAACAAUACUGGUAAGACCACCACCUGUGACAAGGCUCACACCCUACUCAAACCCAAACAAUAGGUUGUUCUAGCUCACACUUUGAAUUUGCACAGCUUACCUGGCUUUCCCUUUGGCCUCUUACCUAUAGCAUAGGAUUCCAGCCUGGACCAAUAGGAAUGGAAACAGAUCAGGGGUUUUCCUGGCAAAUAAAACCGCAAAGGUUUUGAUUUUCCUCUGGACUGCUGUGUUUGGAUUGAUCUGUUAUUAGAUUCUAGUUUAUACUUUUGUUUUUAAAAACUGAGGACAAAUGAACAAAAUAGAAACCUUGUAUGAUGCUUUUUUUUGUUUUGUUUUUAUUUAUAAAUUAACCAAUCCCAAUUCCUUUUGCCCUCUCUUUAAAGUAAAAUGUUAGAAAUUCUAGGGGGUGGCCUAGGGGUGAGUAUAAGAUAGGGCUUUAGACCCUGUAGCUUUUUGUUAAGAAAUAAAUUACUAUUAUUUGUUGUUGUUAAAUUUGGGAAGGUAACUAUUGAGGCAUUGAAAAACCUCUCUUUUCUAAGGAUGAGGGAUGCUGGGACAAUGGAUAUUUUUCUAUAGGGGAUGAAUGAAGUUUGUUUUGCUUUAUUUUUUGAGAAGGUGGAUUGGGGUGGGAAAGGUGAAAGAAUAUUGCCUGGGAAAUUAAGGUGGACUCUGGUUGGUUUGAGCUAUUUUGGGAGAAUGAGGGGGUGGAAGAGGCCAGCCCAUGAAAUUACCGUUUUGGGGAUAAGGGAGGCAGGGGUACAUGGCAUGCACUCAACAUAGCAAGAUUUCCUUAGUUGGGGCGGGGUGUGUGGGUGAAGGGGGAAGGUAGACCCUGUAACCGUAGAUGAGGGUUUAGACCAUCUCUCAGGCUUAAGUAAGUGCACUUAGUUUCUUUAAUCCAGGGCAUUUGGGGUAUCUAGUGAGGUUUUUAUUGGAGAAGAAGAUUUUCAGUGUUCUUUUGACUUAAGAUAGUGCUACCCCAUCUACCCUACAACAUCAUCUACCCCAUCCUCAGUGGACUAAGGAUACCAUAGGAUGGGCUUUCCAUGCUGAUUUUAUUGAGAGUAACAAGAUUUAACCGGAAGUUUUCCCCUCAUACUGGUUUUUAUCAACAAAAUAAAAAGAUUACAUAAAAAAUAUUUUUAAAGAUUCAGUCUCUUAAUGGAGUGGGAAGGGUGUUAAACUCAGUGCUAUGCAGGGUCUGGAAGGGAAGUACCCUCCCUCCUAUUGGCUCAAUUUCUUCUUCAAGUGAAAUUAAAGCUCACAGACUAAUCAAACAAAAAUUAGCAAUGACUUACUAUAUAUUUGGGAAGUUUCUUGAGUCCAAAAGAAUGGAACUGAUUUUGAAUGACUUAUAACCUAGCUUUUGGCAUUCUUCUCACUCCUUUCUAAAUAGCCACAUAUCCAAUGUUCCAGUCACAUUUUUUUCUUUCCCAGAAGAGAAGCACUUCAGAGAUGAUUGUCCCUGAGUUAUUCAGACACCUCUAGGCUAUGUCCUUUCCUUUUCCAAGGAGUCGAUGCUCCAGACAUAUGGCCACACGUGAGAAGACAGUAUUAGAUGCCGCUGCCUGGCCUGGAAUCACCUGUAACCCAAAUUUUCUAAUUUUCUACUUUCCGCUUAGGCAUUUCAACUGCAGAUUCAGUGAGUCAUACAGACACUUGGUCUCUUUUACUUUGCAGAUACCCAGUCUGCAAAUCACGGUAUUUUUGCCCCCCACACACACUUAAGUUGAUUAAUAAAGUAUUUAUUUUGCUGUCCAUAUGUAGACAGUCUCUGUGCUACCUCCUUUCAUUGGCCACAUGGGUAGGAGGUAGCAGCAAAGAGGAAUAGGAGCUAGCUGAGACUGGCUGAGAGGAGUGGGGGUGGGGUGGACAUGGGCGUCUUUCUUUGCUUAUAACUGCAUCUAUGAUUCAUCCUGUGAGUCACCGAGCUCCACCUCCCUCCUCCAGCUGUCCCUCCCAGCAGCCUUCACUCCUGGCACAAACCUGCAACCAGACUAGGAUUCUGAAAAUGGAAAAAUCUGAUAGAGUCCCUUGCCUCUCUCCACCCUUGCUUUCAGCCACUAAGCCUCUACUUGGGGGGUGAGAGGCAAUCCUCCUAUCACUUAACCCUCAGCUGCUGCCCCCCUUUUCAUUCCUGGUUGGGUACUAAUCCAUGUCACCCAAUUUAUUUCUCUCUCUUUGACUUUCCUCCUUUCUUCUGUUGUUUUUCCUCUCUCUUCCUCUACUGCUCCCACACUUCCAAGUGUUAAAGUAUAGAAUGAAAGGUGGUGGGAGAAAGAAAGUGGAUAAUGGGAUUUUAAAAUAGUGGUACACCCUCUUCCUAUGCUCUUAUUUGUACUCAUUGCAACAAACCUUGCGAACUAUUCCCUUCCCUCAGAAGUUGAGGCCACAGAAAGCAAAGAGGUGAGAUGGGGUGGUGGUGCUGGGGAGGUUUUAGGACCUCUAGAAUCAGGACUCUUCCUAGCAGGUGAAUGCCUCUGUCCCCGACUGACUCCCUGCCUCACAAUAUCUUCACUAUUUCCACAAUUGCAGCCAAGACGGGGAACUUUUAAAAGCUGAGGCCGGAAGGGUGUGUGUUCUUGGGGGAAGAGAGAAUUGAAUGUCACUUUGGAAAACUGAGGCCCCCACCUAAGGAUUGCUGUCUCUGUAUGAACUAAAAAAAAAACAAUAAAACAGUAGCUGAUUUAACUCU